AUGCCCCUGCUAUCAAUGCAGCCAAAGGUUGAAAUCACCCCCACUCUCCUCAAUGACAAGGCAUUUGCCUUUCUUGAGAGCUUGCUGCCAUGGGCAUCACCUUCAAAUUGGAGGAAUGGGAUAAAUGCCAUCCAGGCUGCAUGGGAGCUCACACAAGCUAAGGUAGUCCCAGUAGUUCCCCUGUUGGAAGAUGCUGCCACAUGGCAGUUGGUUUUGCAUUGGGCAACUGAUGAUAGCCUCUCCUUCACCAAUUUCUUGAUGGAGAUGGAGAAAUUCAGCAGCAGGUACCAGUUUGACAAGUGGAAGUCUACCUUUGACCAAGUAUUUGAAGUAUCUUGGAAGGGUACUGCUGUUGAGGUUGUUAGGGCAGCCAUGGCUGAAUGUGGUGUUGUUGAGCCCUCUAAUGCAUGCAAUGCCCCCCCUGCUCAGGCUUCUUCCUCCUGCGACAUCUCUCAUGUUGUCCUCUCCCCCCAAGCUUCUUCAUUGCAGACUUGUAAGCCAAUGUUCACCUUCAGUUUUGGAUCCCUCACUAAUCACUCAAUCAGGCAAAAGCUCAUGCAGAUCCCACUGCUCUCUGCACCCAGUGAAGUGUCCAAGAAUGAGCAAGACAAAGAGGACAAAGGGGAAGACAAACUAGACAAUGAAGUGGACCAUUGUCCAAGGGUGACCAAGGUAGCUCCACCAGGGCACAUGAAUUUAACUCAACAGCUCAGAAGUCUUUUCCACUGCUAUGGUGGUAAGGGGAGUGCAGAAGGGUGGAGGGUGAAGGCACAUCAGCAGGGCCCAGUUUGCAAUGUCAAAGAUCAUAUGGAGGUGGAUACAAAUCAGGCUCAGCCAAGAGUAUUCAAGGUCAUGCUGCCCUCCACUCAUUCUGCAGGAUUCAUCCUCCAGCACUUCAAACUGGAGGGCCUGAAAUGCAAGACUUUCCAUUCAGUCCCUUGCCACAUUUAUGUGGAAGCUCCCAGUGUGCAAGACAGCCUCAAGAAUGAAAUCACCCAUGUACAGCAUGUCAAAGCCCACUUGGAGCUUUUUGACAUGGACCUGGCCUACCAACAUGGCCUGGAGAGGUGUAAUGUUGUGCCAGUGAGCCUGCCUACUCCUGAGCAAAUUGGAUGGUUUGUUGUGUUGGAUGUGGAUCCCACUUUGGUCACAUGUACCUUAACUCAUUUCUCUGCUCAAAUGUGGCAGGUAGGAGAUCAUGGCAAGAUUCAGGCUGGGGAGUUUGUCAAUGAGGUAGCCUAUGUCAUGAUGGAUGUCCAAGCUGAAUCAGUGGCUGUUCAUUUGGAUAAUCCUACCCCUCAAUUGCCUGAAUCUCUGGAGACUUUGAGGGCAUGGUACUCAAUGGAUGUCCCUACAAUCUUCCUAGCAUCAUGCAGAGUGCUGCUGAGCUAUCCCAACCAAGACCCCCAUGAUCAACUGCAAUGCCAUCCCCCAGUCAAAGAGCACUUCAUAGAGCCAGGGGAUGCAGUAUGCAUCCUCACCAGACCCUACAGGGACCUCACAGGCCAAGUCCAAUACUUCUCCUGCAGCCUCAGACAAAUAGGGGUCAUGUGGCACAUCAAAAAGGCAUUCAACACCAAAGAUGCCAAGGGGGACAAGGGCAGGUCCAAGGCUCAAGUACCAGAGGUUCUCAGUAAGGACAGUGAUGGUGAUGGGGCUGAUGAUGAGGAGUUGAUCAUUGUCAGCUUGGACAACAUCCAAGUGACAGCUUGA